GAGUUCAGUGAGAGUGCUCAGAGGUUUCAACUGAUCUGCGAAAGUUUACCAUGAUGUUUCAUGAACACACGUUUAAUCAUCGACAAAUGUGCAUUUUAAAUCGUGAGUGAAGUGUUUCAAAAAAAAAAACUUGAGGAUUAAAACAACACCCCACAACAAAAAAAACAACAUUUUGGAGAAAAUUAUACUUUUCCUUCCGCUGUUGUCACUUUUUUAACACUUUUUCCAUCUUCGCUGCGGAAAUGGAGAAAAAAUUCAAGAUUGCUUUACUGUUGACACUGACAUGCACGAGUGCGAGGUCAUUAAAUGAGAAGAACACGAAGGAAGAAUUAUUAGAAUCGGCAGCAGCACAAUUGGAAAGACUGCAACCAUUUCGAAAUGCUAGAAAAUUUUCAACCAACGAUUUGGAUGCAUCUAGAAAUAAUUUUUUUUAUCAUUCCAAUAAAACGAGAAAUCGUGAUAAAGAGAAAGGGAGUAAUGAAAAAUUAGAUGAAUAUCGAUUUCCUCUUCAACUACUACAGAUACUUGGUAGCAAUAAUAAUAAUAAUAACAAUAAUGGAAUGAAAGAACCGUCGGGAUUUCAACUUGAUAAACGAAAUGUUGUACUUGAUGCAAAUCCGAAUUCCCUUCAAGAUGCGAAUUUCGAUUUAUUUCAAGAAGAAAGAAUCAAACGUUCCGGAUCAAAUUCGGGAAGUUUCAUUUCCGGCAUUGCUUCCAAAGUUAUUGGCGGCAUUGCCGGUGCUUCCUCCGGACUUUCCAAGGGUUCAUCAAGUUCGUCUGAUUCAUCUCAUACCCAUGGCACGACUGCUUAUGGACCACCGGUUUAUUCGUACGAGCACCAAUCGUUCAAUGCCUGGGACUUCAAGAAAGCCAUUCUAAAUACAGUUUUCCAAGCAAUUAAAGCAAUUGGAGGUGGUGUACUGGCUUUAAAGGGACAAUUAAUCAAAGGCGGUGGAUUCCUUAUAUCGACCAAGGGUCGUCUUAUUAGCAGUACAGGAGAGGCGAUUUCAAAUUUAGGCCGUAACAUUGCAAGUAGUACUUAUGUGGUUGCACCGAAACCAGUUUACACCCAAAGUGGAUACGCCUAUAGUCCGCCAUCGGGUCAAACUUUCAGUCACGAGGAAUCUUACGAGGGAUCACCCCCAAGCUCCCAUGAUUAUUCAUCUGCUGCAUUCGAGGACAGUUAUCAUCCUCAAAAUAAUUUUGGAGCAGCAUCCGAUGACGAUGUGCAAGCUGGCCUGGUGAUCAUGUCCCCAAAUCAUCAUCAAGACGACCUUUCAACCGAUCUGGAUCCCCGUCAUCCAAAUAUCGAAGCACUCGAGGAGAGUUUCGGAGGAGGUUCACCAACAUCAUCUAUCCUCAGCAGUAACAAACCAGAAAUUUUCUACUCCCUCCCCCAACAUGAUCUACAACUACCAACAACAAAACCACAUUUGCCAUUUGUAUCAAAGGAUCAAAAGAAUUCUCUAAAACAAUCAUCGACACUUCAAAAUUCCGUGUUUCAUGUCGAAGUUCCAAAAAUCGAUCCCCUACCAAUUUCACCAACAAAUCCCAGCAAUAGUCUUCACAUUGAUUAUCCACCAAAUAAUGCUGCAAUUGCUCAAGACUCAAAUCAACAGAAGAAGAAACAAAUUUUUAAUCUCGCAAGUAUCCUUCAAUCGGCAGCAAAGUUAAAAAGUGUAAAUAAGUUUCCUGGAACUACGGAAAUGGACUUUCUAAAGUUACCAACUUUUAAUCAAAUAAUUAUGAAGGACGGUGGAUUUUCCUUCGAUCAUCCACAGUAUCAUCAAGGUCCUCAUCAGCAGUUUGUGAACGAUAUCAAGGAGCCAAUUGUUUCGGGUUUACCGAUUUCAAUUGGUCAUCAGGAAUCAUUGAAGAUACCGAUUCUUGGUGAAUUGCCAAAAGAGCCGCGCUAUCAUGAAUAUCAAAAUAUUGGAAAUGGACCGUUUCCGUUGGAAAUGUUUGAGACAUUCGAUAAUACAAAGCAAUAUGGCGAUGAUGUUUUUGGGGGAAAAUUAAUUUCACAGAGUCUUGAGGUACAACCGGCUGUUGGAUAUUCUCUAAAUGACGCUGGACUGCAUAGGAUAUAGAAUUUGAGACUGAUGAUUUGAGACUAAGUGGUCUACGCUUACGCUUUUUAUCCAACCCGAUCAAAGUUUUGGAUAGGAAAGAAAUAAGGUUAUCACUUAACAUAAAAAUGAAGAACCACCAAAAAAAAAAAAAAACAAAUUCAAAUCAAGAUGUUAAAAAUAUCUUCAGUCUUUUACAGAAAUAAUAACAAUGAUUAAUUUCUGUGACAAUUUCUGCUGUGUUAAAAAAAAGUUCUAUAUAGUGAAUUGUGUGUGCGUAUACCAAGUGUUUAAUUCUACGAUAAUAGUUUAAUUAUAAAUUUUAAAUGAGUCCAUAUACUUUUGUUAAUAGCAAUAUUCUUCUAAUUCUUUUUUAUAUACUGCAAUUAAAAGCGAAAAAAUUCAAGCACUCUACACUUGAAAUUAUAUAAAGUUAAACUCAUUAAAAUGUUAAAAGUUUCUAAUUAAUCCUUUUUCGCAGCAUAAUUAUAUAUUUAAUGCUUUUAAAUCAAAAGACAUAUUUUUAAUUUG